CCCCCAGAGGUCAUGACCAGAGCACAAGGCAGACACCCAACCGACUGAGCCACCCAGACCUCCCGCACCCGACGGAUGAUGUGAAAGACAUCAUAUCCCCAGCUUCUGAAGACCUGCCUCCUAAUGGCGCAAUGUUCGCUGGGAUUCGUAGUCCAGUAGCAGAAGCUAGGUGGGACGCGCAGUACCGGCACAGAUGACAGAGGAGGAAUCACCACGGUGUUGACCAAUGGACAGUGGGGGCCAGCCUGAGUGAUGUUCGCAAACCCAAAUGGUGAGCCAAUAAGCCUGAGUGACGUGUUCUUCAGCCUACGGAUGGCCUAUGGGGGCGGGGUGGUGAGCGGCAGCCGUAGUGCGAACCAUGGGAGGCGGCUGGUGGUGGGCUCGGGCCGCCCGACUGGCCCGGCUACGCUUCCGGGGGGCGCUGCUGCCGCCUCCACGGCCCCGGAGCGGGGGUGCCCGGGGGUCUUUCGCCCCCGGCCACGGCCCCCGCGCCGGGGCUUCGCCGCCCCCCGUGUCCGAGCUGGAUCGUGCGGACGCCUGGCUCCUCCGGAAGGCACACGAGACAGCCUUCCUCUCCUGGUUCCGCAAUGGCCUCCUGGCAUCCGGUAUCGGGGUCAUCUCCUUCAUGCAGAGUGACAUGGGUCGGGAAGCUGCUUAUGGCUUCUUCCUGCUGGGCGGCCUGUGUGUGGUGUGGGGAGGCUCCUCCUACGUGGUGGGCCUGGCGGCGCUGCGGGGACCCAUGCAGCUGUCGCUGGGUGGUGCGGCAGCGAGCGUGGGGGCCGUGCUGGCCGUAGGCUUGCUCUGGGCUUGUGCCGUCGGCCUCUACAUGGGUCAGCUGGAGCUGGACGUGGAACUGGUGCCCGAGGACGACGGGACAGCGGCUGCUGAAGGCCCCGAUGAAGCAGGCCGCCCACCACCAGAGUGAGUGGCUGGGCCACGGGGAAUGGCCGGGCGCUGGACGGCCGGGGGGCCUGAGGACCGAGACAUUAAAACCUGACCCUUCGCUGGC